AUGGCCGACGAAGAAGAUACCAAACUGAAUCGACUUACAACCAAUCGUUCUCGAAGUGGCGACCAGAACGAGUCAUUUCAACAAGAAAGCAAAACAGCGAAUAUAUCGGGAAAAUAUACUGGUAACUGUUUUAACUGUGGUAGCAACUAUUUUCCAGGUCACAAACAAGUUUUCCCAGCACAAGGAAAAUCAUGUCGUUCGUGUGAAAAGCUCAACCAUUUUGCCAAAGUUUGCCGCAGUUGCUCAAUGCGAAAGCCAGAAUUUCGUGCACAAAACAGGGAAAAAUCGAACGAAAUCGACAACUCUAUUAAAGCAUUCAUAACAACGCCAAGAGAAACCGGAACCGGAAGUCGGCGAAUGACGACAGCGACGAAUACAGCUUCACCUUGACCCAAGGUCAAUCCAAGUUCAGCCCAACGAAGGUAACCAAAACAAACAAGGGUGUUUUCGUGACGGCGAAAAUAAACGAAACGGAUAUAAGAUUAGUUCUUGACUCUGGUGCAACAACAAAUAUUUUAGAUUCUGCAAGUUUUGAACGUAUUCAAAAGAACAAUGCGAAACUCCAACUGGAACCUACGUCAAUCAAAAUAUACCAAUACAACUCUACAGUUCCCCUACACACUACAGGCAAGUUUGAAGUUCAAUUUUGUAACGGUACAAAAACUACAUCUGCAACAUUUCAUGUUGUUGAAGGAAAUUCAGGGUCAUUGUUGGGAUAUGAGAGAGCAACAAAACUGGGACUUUUGCAUGUUAAUUAUAAUGUCAACCAAACAACAACCAUGCCUAUUUCUACAUCAAGCAACACGUCUGAUCUGGUCGCAAAGUUUCAGCACCUAUUUACUGGCAUUGGUAAACUGAAAGAUUAUAAGCAAAAGCUACAUCAUGACCCUAGUAUACAACCAGUUGCCCAAAAACCUCGGCGAGUACCAUUUCACUUACGUAAGCAAGUAUCUGUCCGAAAUGAAGAAUUAGAAGCACUCGAUAUCAUAGAACGUGCAUCAGGGCCAACAUCUUGGGUAUCGCCUGUGGUCGCAGCAUCUAAACCCCACAACCCAUCUGAAGUUAGAGUAUGUGGUGAUUAUCGACAACCCAACCGAGCCAUAAUUCGGGAACGGCACCCUAUUCCCACCGUGGAAGACCUCAUGGAGGACAUGACUGGUGCUUGUGUCUUUUCAAAAUUAGAUCUUCGCGCUGGCUACCAUCAAAUUGAACUGGAAGAAGAAUCGAGAUCUGUUACCACCUUUUGCACACAUGAAAGCUUAUAUCGAUAUAAGCGACUACCCUUCGGCAUCUCCUCUGCGUCUGAAGUUUUUCACAAUGUCCUGCAACAGUCACUUCAAGGUCUUCAUGGCGUUCAUAACAUAGCGGAUGACCUCAUAGUUUGGGGAAAAUCCCAGGAAGAACAUGAUCGCAAUCUUGAAGCUUUGUUCCAACGGCUAGAUGCCAAGGGCCUCACAUUGAAUGGUGAUAAAUGUGAAUACAACCAACCAAGUUUAUGAUUUUAUGGUUACAGUUUGUCCAAAGAUGGUCUAUCUGCUGAUCCCAAGAAAGUUGAGGCCAUAGUCAAAACUACAACUCCACAGAAUGUUGCUCAGCUCCGAAGUUUCCUUGGUCUAGCUAACAACUGCGCUCGUUUUAUCAAGGAUUUUGCCACUCUUUCAGCACCUCUGAACGAACUGACCAAGAAGUCAACAAAAUGGCAAUGGACUGUCAUCCACCAACAAGCUUUUGAGAAAAUUAAGACUGGAAUUGCAGAGGAUUGCAGCAUGACAUUCUAUGAUCCUGCCAAAGAAAUAAUCCUGACGGUUGAUGCAAGUCCUGUCGGUCUUGGGGCCAUACUGUCUCAGAUACAAGAGGAUGGUACCAUACGCAACAUUCCUUAUGCAAGUCGCACCCUUACCGCCACUGAACGCCGCUACUCGCAGACAGAAAAAGAAGCCCUUGCAGUGGUAUGGGGCUGUGAACGCUUCCAUUUGUAUCUUGUAGGUAAAGAAUUUACCCUCUAG